GGCAGAGACGCAGGUGUUCAGAUUGAUCCUUGGGAGGAUGCAGACUACAGUAUAUACAGAGUCACAGAUCGCUUUGGAUUUCUUCAUGCCAUGAAACCCACCUAGUUCAGCACCAGUUGUUCACACCUCAGACUCGUGAAAAGAUGUAAAAAGGUGGGAGGGUAUCGGAGGUCGGGUUAUCCUUUCCAUGAUCAUACGUAUGGAGAAGACGCGAUGGAAUAUGUGCAUCUGUAAGCCGCUUCAUGUUUGGAGCUCGAGUAGCAGAACUGCGGGCUGCCAAGAAACAUGCUCGCUCCAGGCCAGUUAUCGACUGCGGUCCAUUCUGACUAGUGAUUCCGAUCUCACCACAGUGUUCUGUGUAAAUGUUCACUCUCACACCUGUCCAAGAUCUGCUGUCACGUCCGCAUGUGUUUUUGAUUUCUCCUCUUUAAUGCUAUCCUCACAGGAUACCUCAUAUCUCAUAUCUGUUCCACGAGUACCAUUGAAAUUUUGCCGGUCAGGAACCAGCUGUUAUGCCAGCUCGUGCAUGAGGCAGCACAGUGAUUGGAUGAAAGCAUUCCUUCUCAUGAAUAAUAUGGAGAACAACUCAGAAUCGAAUGAUGUAUUAGCAUGUUCUACUACCAAUUAGGGCUGAGCGAUACAUUGAAUGCCUACGAUAUAAUCGCGAGAAUUUUUCUGACGAUAAAAAUGUCAACAAAAUCGUGAAUAUUGCGAUGAUUAUAAUCUAAGCCUUUUAUUUGGCCAUUAAGUUUCAUAGAAUGCAUCAGUAGACUAAUUUCACGAUCCUUCAGGGCUGUAUAAUUAACGAUUUAAAUAGGACAGAAAUAUAUACAUUUAUUUUUAACAAGUCUUAUCCAGCAUAUAAUAAUGAUUCAGUGUUAUAUGAUAAUAAUAAACUUGACUUGGUUCUACAGUAAUAAUUUAGUACUAUGCAGUAUUCAUCUGGUUUCCAGUGAAGUGAAGUAAUUUUUGCAUACCUUGUUCAUUCACAAACUUUUUUUAGUAAAAAUAUAUGAAGGUAAAUAAGAUUUUUAUUAAGCUUCCAUAUCCAGUAUGAUUGUAUGUAAAAAAUAAGUAUAAACGUGCAAAUCAAUGAAAAUGAUUACAUUUUACUCUCCCUUGUGGUUAUUUAGCGAAAAACUGUGGGAAACAUGCCUUCAUUAUUUUUAAAUAGAUUUUUAUUUAAUGCCUUUGAAAUAUUCAUUCUACUUGGCUACAGUGGCUGUUUAGAUUAAAUGAUGGUUCCUCUGAUUAAAAAAAAAAAAAAAAAUCGUCAAUUUGCUGAAAAAUAUCAAGAUAUAAUUUCUGAAGCCAUAUCGCCCAGCCCUAAUACCAAUCACAACUAAGAGUGUAGGCAUAUACCUCGUAUUUUAUGACGUUACUUCUAGUUUAAAUUUGUUUAACCAGAAGAACAAAAUGGUUAAAAAAACAAACAAAAAAAACCAACAGAAAAAUAACAACUUAACGUUAACAAUAAACAUAAUGAGUGCUAUAAUUGUUUUCAAUGAUGUAUGCAACCUGUACAUAUCUGUUAAUUAACAUCUAUAGCAAUGUGUUUUGGGGUUUCAUAACCAUUUUAAAAAAAAAUUAUUCUAAACUAUUUUGUCUGUAACAAAUCAUCACUUAUAAUAACAGUUUCUUUUAGUCACUGUUAUUUUGUAUCAACAUGCAAUUUCAGUCAACAUAAUACACGUCGAGCAGUCUGAUUUUAUUAGUGUGAUUGUGCAAAUUUUGUUUUUCCCACAGUGAAGAAGAACUCCCCACACCAAGUGUGCUUGAAGAGAAGCAAAAACAGGUGGAGAUUGAGAGGGUGCAGAAAUGGCUGAAGAUGUUAAAGAACUGGAGCAAGUACAAGAACAGUGACCGGAUGAUUAAGAGGGUUUAUAAAGGAAUUCCACUACAGCUGAGAGGGCAGGCCUGGGCCCUGCUACUGGAUGUUGAGAAAGUGAAGAAUGAUAAUGCAGGAAAGUAUGAGAGAAUGAAGGAGCAAGCCCAACUGUACUCCCCAGAAAUAAAACAAAUUGACCUUGAUAUCAACAGGACCUUUCGAAACCACAUCAUGUUCAUGGAUAGAUUCGGUCUGAAGCAGCAAUCUUUAUUCCAUGUACUCUCUGCAUACUCAGUUUAUAACACGGAAGUGAGUUACUGCCAGGGCAUGAGUCAGAUUGCUGCUAUUCUGUUAAUGUUCAUGAAUGAAGAGGAUGCAUUCUGGGCUCUGACGCAGUUGUUGACCAAUCAGAAACAUGCCAUGCAUGGAUUCUUCAUCCCCGGAUUUCCCAAACUUCAGCGGUUCCAGAACCACCACGACCAGAUUCUUUCCAAGCUUUUACCCAAACUAAAGAAACAUUUGGAUAAGGAGCAGAUGUCUAGCGGCAUUUACAGCACUAAAUGGUUCCUCCAAUGUUUUAUUGACAGGACCCCAUUCACUUUGACCUUACGUCUGUGGGACAUCUUCAUCCUAGAGGGCGAAAAAGUUCUGACAGCCAUGGCGUACACUAUCCUACAGCUCCACAAAAAGCGUUUGCUUAAGAUGUCCCUGGAGGACCUGAGAGAGUUCCUGCAGGAGAAGAUAGGAGAAUCCAUCUACCUCAGUGAUGACCUGGUCAUAGAGCAGCUUAAAGUGUUCAUGUCUGAACUUCGCAAAAUGAAGCUGGACUUCCCACCACCAGCUAAGCCUGAUGAGUUUCCAAGAAAGCCUCUGGGUCUGGAGCUGCCGGUAGUUCUGACUCAGUUGAAAUGGCCCAAACCAAACCCCUCAGAAGAUACGCCCAACAAAGCCCAACUCGCCAAACGCCUACCUUCCUCUCUGCACAUCUCUCUAGAGCAGGAGUCCAUCAUGUUGGAUGACAGUCCUCCACAGGACAAAAAGCCCUUCAAAGAUGGAGGCACAGGCAGUAUGUCACCCCUGCCCUCACCCGAUCCUGUUCUAGUGCACAGUCAGAUUCCCCUUACUCCUGACGGAAUGAUAGGGGCCCCUGAAGAUGGUGGGGAAUGGCCCCCUCCAUAUGAACCCCCUAAGAACACUGUCCCAGAGCUUGGUGAAAUGCAAAACCAACCUGUGCUGCACGACCCUACUCCAUCUCCAACUUUGGAUAAUACAUUGCUAUCUGGAAUGUCUUCUGGUACAAAGCCUUCACAAACAUCUAAGAAGUUUGAGCAGGACACUUUAGAGACAGCAGGGGGCAGUGUGGAGGUUGCUAUACCCCCAGACAAUUUCCAACCCACAUUAUCCGUUUCCAUGGCUUGUGAGUCAUGUCGGCCUUCCAGGAUUUCCAAUUAUGAAAAUCUAAAUGAGGGACGGGUGGGAGAUGAUGAAAAUCAGUAUAUGGAAAAAUGUUCAGAGAGAUUUGCCAUAUCAACCAAGAUCUCCUUGACAGCCUGUGACCAGUCCCAGUUACCAGCUAAGGGAAUCCCCACAGUUCACUCAGACCCUCUUUUUCAGCAUCCACCCCAAACCAGCCAAUGCCUGCCCAAGUCAGAGACUUUUUAAGCUGCCAGCCAACUGUUGUACCCCAAUGUAUUGCCAGUGUUCUAUUGGAAAGCAUACAGUUAAUGCUUUUUGUUAAGCAAAUAUUUUAAUAUUUACCAUUGAUUUGAUUUGGGGAGGGGGAGGGUGUGUGUGUGUGU